AUGAUCAUGGCUACAGACUUUACAAGCUCACAGACCUACAAGUUGUACAGUCUGUGCCUCCUUGUACAAGCUCGUACAAACCUGCACAGGGGGGACUUAGCUGUAGACCUUGUUUCUGAACGUUCAUCUGUCCCUGCUGCUGCCAGCCUCGCCGCGCGACUCGACAUAAUCCAUGACGAACUACGCGCAGAAUUGCAAUUCGCACAAGAUGCCCAGGCCAAGCAUUACAACAAGAAGGUUGCAAGAGCACCAGAAUUCCAACCUGGUCAGCUGGUACCUUCGCCCGUCGUGCCCUCCGUGCCCUCCGAGUCCUCGUCCGUGCCUCCCGCGCCUGCCCUCGCUGCCGUCCCGCCUGCCGCUGCCCGUCCUCCGUCGCCCGCUGCCAUUACGGUUUCACCUUACAUUAUCGCUGUAGCAAGUAUUUAUGCGUGUCGGGGCUUUGUAUCUCUUUUCCUCGUCGAAUCAACGCCAGUAACUGGCCCCAUUCUUGCGUUCAAGGGGGUGAAGGAAGCCGGCGAGCCACUAAUUCAGAUGAGAGUAAAGAUCCCGAAGGAUAGUAUGGUUGAUCCAGGAAAAAAUAAACAGGAAAGCAAAUCCAGAGAUAGAGGAACGACGUGCGAAGAGUAUGACUUUGCAUACAUCCUGCGGUACACGGUCGUGGAGUAG